GUUGUGUUGGUUGAGUGUAUUUUACGUAUUUCUUUGAAUUGUGUAAAAUAUUUAGACAAUAUCUAGGCUAAGAGAAUAAGUAAGAAUAUAAAAAAUAUAAGAGAAGCACUCGGGGUGCCAGUUUAUUGGCAUCAUGCCUUCAAUAGACAUGAUGGGUCCUCCGGGACAGCCGCUAGACGCGGCGCCGGAGGAGCCUCAGGCGCCCCCACCGCCGGUCAUCGGGAUCAUUUACCCACCACCAGAAGUCAGGAAUAUUGUGGAUAAGACUGCAAGUUUCGUAGCCCGCAACGGGCCAGAGUUCGAGGCGCGUAUCCGGCAGAAUGAGCUUGGCAACCCAAAAUUUAACUUCCUCAACUCUGGAGACCCCUACCAUGCCUACUAUCAGCACAAGGUCAAGGAGAUCAGGGAAGGGAAAGACACGGGCCCGCCGCCAUCAGCGGGCGGACCGCCCGGGCUGCGCGGCGCGCUGGCGCCGGCGCAGGCCGCGCGCCAGCAGGAGCUGCUCAAGGCCGCCGCGCCCGCCGAGCCGCCGCCGCCACGCGACCCUCCCCCGGACUUCGAGUUCCUCGCUGACGCCCCGUCCAUCUCAGCCUUGGAGUUGGACAUCGUCAAGCUGACGGCGCAGUUUGUGGCAAGGAAUGGAAGACAGUUUUUGACGGAUUUGAUGAAAAAAGAGGAGAGGAAUCAUCAGUUUGAUUUCCUUCGCCCGCAGCAUUCUCUGUUCCAGUACUUUACUAGGUUGCUGGAGCAAUACACAAAGGUGCUACUCCCACCCAAAGAGCUAACAUCGAAGCUGGGCCAGGAGAUCCGCACCGGCGCCCUCGACGCGGCCCGCGGGCGCGCCGCCUGGCUCGCGCACCAGGCGCGGCGCCGCGCGCAGGACGAGGCCCGCGUAGAAAGGGAGCGCCUCGCCUACGCCUGCGUCGACUGGCACGACUUCGUAGUCGUAGAGACCGUCGACUACCCCGCCGGCGAACCCGGCGACUUCCCGCCCCCGACCACGCCGCUCGAAGUCGGCGCGAGAGUGUUAGCGCAGGAGCGCGGAGUCACCGCUCCCAUCGACGACGACACUGAAAUGCAGCUCGAGUCCGAAUCGGAGUCGGAGAGCGAGGACGAGGAACUGUCGACGAUGGAAGAUCGCACGCAGCAGCAGCGGCCGGACGACACCCGCGUGCAGGACAUGGAGGAGGACAGCUCGUCGAGCGAGGACGAGCGCGCGCCGGCGCCGCCACCACCACGCCGCCCUGCGCGCGAGGAGGCGCCGCUGCCGCCGCGGCCGGACCGCGUCGUCGUCAAGCAGUACGACCCCAAGCAGCCCCGCCCCGCGCCCGCGCCGCCCGGCGACGAGUGGCUCGUCUCCCCCAUCACCGGGGAGAAGAUCCCGGCCAGCAAGGUCGCCGAUCACGUCCGCAUCGGUCUGUUGGAUCCUCGCUGGUUAGAACAGCGAGAUCGCGCGGCGGCCGAACGCUCCGACCGCGACGAGGCGCUCGCGCCCGGCGCGGCCAUCGAGGCCAGCCUCAAGCAACUCGCCGAGCGCCGUACCGACAUCUUCGGUGUCGGCGACGAGGAAACCGCCAUCGGUAAAAAGAUCGGCGAGGAGGAGAAGCGUCGCGACGAUAGGGUCACCUGGGACGGGCACACUUCUAGCGUAGAAGCGGCGACGCGCGCCGCUCGCGCUCAUAUUACGCUCGAGGAUCAGAUCCAGCAGAUUCAUAAAGUGAAAGGGCUGCUGCCGGACGAGGAGAAGGAGAAGAUCGGUCCGAAGCCGGUGACGGCGCCGCCGCCGCCGCGCAUGGCUCCGCCGCGCCCCGCGCCGCCGGCUCCCCCGCGGCCGGUGGCCCCUGCGCCGGUGCUGCUGCAGCCGCUGCCGGCGCUGAUGGUGCUGCCGCCGCUGGCGCCGCGGCCGCCGCUCAUCGCCACGCCGGUGCCCGGCUACUACGCGCCGCCGCCCGUCGAGGAGGACGAGCCGGCCGCCAAGCGCCCGAGGACGGAGGACACGCUCGAGCCGGAAUCGACGUGGUUAGCUCGCCACGGAGGCGGUAACGUCGGAGUGAGCGUCAUCCUCCCGGCCCAACCGGAGCGCACGGAGUGGCGGCUGGACGGGCGCGCGCUGCCGCUGUCCAUCUCGCUGAGCGCGUCCGUCGCCGACCUCAAGAACAUGUUACAACGCUCCACCAACAUGCCCAUUGCUAAACAGAAGCUGCAGUACGAGGGUCUAUUCUUCAAAGACAGCAACACACUGGCUUAUUACAACGUGCCGCCAGGCGCCGUUAUCCAACUACAAGUGAAGGAGCGAGGAGGACGCAAGAAAUAACAGAAAGAGAUAGAUACACACCACAUGUUUAUAUUAUACAUGUUGCUAUUGUAGUAUAAAAAUGUAAAAACCUUUAAAAAAAUAGCAUGUGCACUUAUGCAAUGCCAAAACGACAUGAAUUUGUAUCUUGAAAAUAUUAUGUUAGUAGAGGAGUUGUACGAGCAUUUGUAUGGGAGGGGUCAUAAUAAUUCCCACAGAACCGAAGUUUGGUUUUUUUAGUUCUUCGUAUGUGUCUUUUUGACA